AUGGUGGAAAAGAAGCUUUUCAAGACGAAGCUAUGUCUGUUGUACCAGAAAGGUCGCUGCAAUCGCCAGUAUUGUAACUAUGCACACGGCUACGCGGAGCUCCGCCGCUCCUUCGAUGGGAGGCAGGACGAUCCAGGUAGAGACCUGAGAGAAAGGCUUGACAGAAGGCACUCUCCACCGCGUAGAUAUUCACCAGAGAGAGAUACAAGAGCAAGACAUGUGUCUCAUGGAGACAGUCCUCGCUCUCUUGGAAAAAGGAGAAAGCAAAUGGAGAGACAGCAGGUAGAUGGCCAUAGCGAUCAUUCUGGAGGCUUCAAAAUGUCAGAUGGAACUGAAGAUCAAAUCAGAGAUAAAAGGCAGACAUCCUCUGAUUCCAAAAAUCAUCUUGAUGACCAGCUGAGGCAAAUGCAAUCUGAUAUUAAAAAGCUGGAUAAUGAAAAACAACAGCUGGAGAUCUUCCUAGAACAGAAAGUUCAAGAAGCUGAUAGCCUAAAUUUGGAAAUUCAGGAGCUUGAAAUGCAACUGUCCAAAGAAAAAGAGGAGUGCAAAAGGAUUACUUCGAAAAUAAAGAAGUUCAUCAAAGCACACAGUCGACACUUGCGGCUACAAGAGGAAUUGAAGAGGUCACAGGCUCACCUUAAGAAGCUGGGUGAGCAGCUUGGUUCAGAUGCUGCGGGACCUAGUGCUAAUGAAGAUGAUUUAAAUAUUAACACCAUAAGUGACGAUGAAACUGCUGAUGAGCCUCAAGCAGAUGCUUCAUCAUGCAAGAAAAGAACAAGAGUUCACUUGGAACCUCGUGAUAACUCAAAUCGAGAAAAUUCAACUAAAGGAGAUAAAUUGGAAAAACUUUCUCGUUUUCAUGUGCGUCGUCUGCAAUCAAGCAAUAGCAAGGAACCCAAGGCAUAUGGCGAUGCAAAUAAUGGGCAUAAGCCAUUAGCAUACGGAGAAAAGCCAAGAAAGGGAGUAAACGCUCCUUCUGAUACUUCCUUACCUGAUAAGUCCAAGGUAUCUGAAUCUGGCCUUCCAUUGCCACCAACUGGCAUGGCUGCUCAUGUUGUUGGAGAAGAUGUGGAAGUUGUUGAAAUGGAGGAAAAGGCCCACAUGGUUAUAGCUGCUGCAGCUGGAGCCGAGCCAGAAGUUAAAUUUAAGAUCCCGAGCUUACCGUUUCUGCUUCCACCGCUGCCUCUGAUCCCACAGAAUGUUUAUAUACAGUACAUGGGAGAUGACGAGAAUGCAGAUAUCGAUGGACUUGAUGAGGAGAUGGUAGAAGUGGACAUUGUUUGA